AUGGAGUCAUUUUUUACUCUCUUGCAUGUGUUAAUGGCCAUCAUAAAUUUUUCCAGAGCUAAUGAGACUACUUGUAGCCUGUAUGGAGAACCUGCAUACCCACAUCUGUGGAAAGAUGGUGACAUCAUAGUUGGAGCUAUUUUUCCAUUUUAUAGUAACUGGGAGAUCACUGACUUGUCCUAUUCAGUCAUGCCACCUCCAGUGAAGUGCACAAGCAUGGAAUUCAAAGGCUUCCAUUAUUCACAGGCCCUAAUAUUUGCAAUAGAGGAGAUCAACAAUAGUUCUUCAUUACUGCCUGGAGUCUUGUUGGGCUACAAGAUCUAUGACACCUGUGGUUCCACAUCUUUGGGUGUUAAAGCAGCAAUGACACUUGUGAAUGGAAAUGAGAACUCAAUCUCAGAUGUGAUCUGCAAAAAGCCAGCUCAGGUGCAGGCAAUAAUAGGAGAGACGUAUUCAUCAGUGUCCAUGGCUAUAGCAAAAAGUAUUGGACCUUUCCACAUGCCAUUAAUCAGUUACUACUCCACUUGUGAAUGCCUCAGUGACAAAAGGAAGUUUCCGUCAUUUCUGCGCACUAUUCCCAGUGAUUACCACCAGAGCAGAGCACUUGCAGAAAUGGUCAAGUACUUUGGUUGGACAUGGGUAGGAGCAAUAAGAAGAGAUGAUGACUAUGGCAAUAAUGGGAUGGCAACUUUCUCUAAUGUAGCAGAACAGCUGGGGGUCUGCUUAGAAUAUUCCCUUCCAUUUUUUCCAACUUAUUCACAAGAAAAAGUGCUGAAAAUAAUUGAGCAAAUUAAAAUGUCCACUUCUCGUGUGAUAGUUGCAUUUUUCACUCAAUGGGACUUCGAUGUUUUGCUGCCCAUGCUUUCUGAACACAAUAUCACCGGAUAUCAAUGGGUGGGAACUGAGGGCUGGAUCUCUGAUCCAGUAGUGGCCAAAUUAGAUAAGCACAAUAUACUACAAGGAGCUAUAGGGCUAGCCAUUCCCAAAACAAAAGUCACAGGUCUGAAAGAUUUUAUUCUUGAUAUAAAACCACUGAAAUCAGUAGGCAGUGCCAUUUUUACAAAAUUUUGGGAGGCUUUGUUUAAGUGCAAAUUUACAGCACAGAAUGAUUCAGAGGACUCACCUAUAUGCACAGGUGAAGAGAAUAUCUCUGAGAUAGAAAACACCUUUACUGAUAUGUCUUUUAUGCCAAUUUUCAAUAAUAUCUAUAAAGCAGUAUAUGCCAUAGCCUAUACUCUACACAGUCUUCUUGGCUGCCAACACACAUGUCUUACAAAGAAGCAGCCAGAUCUGAUCACAUUUCUAGGACACCUUAAAAAGGUGCGUUUCAAGACCAAAGAAGGUGAAGAAGUUUAUUUUGAUGAAAAUGGUGAUCCUCCAGCAAAAUAUGAAAUAAUAAACAGGCAAACAAGUAAAGAUCAGUAUAAAUUUGUCACUGUUGGACUUUAUGACUCCUCUCUUCCUAUUCAUGAUCGAUUAGCAGUAAACAUGGCCUCCAUUGUGUGGGCAAAAGAUACGAAUCAAGUACCAAAAUCUGUAUGUAGUGAGAGUUGCCCCCCUGGUACAAGGAAAGCUGUGCAGAAAGGAAAGCCUAUCUGCUGUUUUGACUGCAUACCAUGUGCUGCUGGAGAGAUAAGUAAUAUGACAGAUUCCAUUGAAUGUGACCAAUGCCAGCAAGAUUACUGGUCAAAUCCAGACAAGAAUAAAUGUGUAAAGAAGGAAGUUGAAUAUUUGUCCUAUGAGGAAACUAUGGGAAUAUUGCUAACAGUGGUUUCUAUUGUUGGUGCAUUUAUAGCAAUGGUAAUAGCAAUCAUAUUCUUUAAAUAUAAAAACACACCAAUAGUCAAAGCCAACAACUCUGAACUGAGUUUCCUGCUGCUCUUUUCUCUGACUCUGUGUUUCCUCUGUUCACUUACUUUCAUUGGCCGGCCCUCUGAGUGGUCCUGUAUGCUGCGCCACACAGCAUUUGGGAUUACCUUUGUCCUUUGCAUCUCUUGUGUACUGGGGAAAACAAUAGUGGUGUUACUGGCCUUCAGGGCUACACUUCCAGGCAGUAAUGUCAUGAAAUGGUUUGGGCCUCCACAACAGAGACUCAGUGUACUUGCCCUCACUCUCAUACAGGUCCUUAUUUGUGUGCUUUGGUUGACAAUAUCCCCUCCUUUCCCCUUCAAAAAUCUAAUGCACUACAAGGAAAAGAUCAUUCUUGAAUGCAAUUUGGGCUCAACCAUAGGUUUCUGGGCUGUGCUGGGUUACAUAGGACUUUUAGCACUUUUAUGUUUUAUUUUAGCUUUUCUAGCUAGGAAGCUUCCAGAUAAUUUUAAUGAAGCUAAAUUCAUCACAUUUAGCAUACUAAUGUUCUGUGCUGUUUGGAUUGCUUUUAUUCCAGCUUAUGUCAGCUCUCCUGGAAAAUUCACUGUAGCUGUAGAGAUAUUUGCUAUUUUAGCAUCAAGCUUUGGUUUACUGUUUUGUAUCUUUCUUCCAAAGUGUUACAUAAUCAUCCUGAAGCCAGAGAAAAACACUAAAAAGCAAAUUAUGGGAAAAGUGCCAGUGCACUGA